ACGCCACUUUAGUCUGCCUCACUACGUCCACAGCGCAGGUGUUUCUCCUAGAUAACGUUAACUCAUCAGGCAAAAAUCUGAGUUUAGUCGAUCUUUUUACGCUUUACCUGAGCGAGGGGAUGCCCUGCCUCCACUCUGAAGCGCUGGAAUUCAUGGAGUCUGACAGUGCGACGACCGGGGCAUCUCCUGGCGCUGGGACAGAGAAGUCCUACCUCAGGGAAACCGUGACUGAUCCGCCGGUGGUGAGGGACAUGGGCUGGUUCUUCUCCCCGCUGUGGAGCCCUCGCUCCAAGACGCGAAGCAGGUUUGGAGGCGGUGGGAAAGGCGACCAAGUGGAAGCAUGGCUGGAUGACCACUCCGACUUUACAAGGGCUUACUUUUUACGCAGAGCUUCCGCCCAAUCAGCUAUCUGUCUUGUCUGUGACAUCAGGGUCAGUGGUCCACAGGAAGAGUCCCCAAUGCCCAGGUUUCCCAGGAGCAGCUCUGACCACUCUGACCUCCUCAGGAAGGCUCAUCAUCGCAGGACUUCCUCUCCACCGACCAGCUCAUACUUGAACCUUUCAUCCUUGAUGGACAGGCUCAAACCCCUUGCCUCCAAUCUCAGGGCCCCUGAGUGGAUGGAACGCUCCAGUCCAGAUAUAUUGGGCAGUCACUCCCCUUGUUCUCCAUGCUCUCCUCGCUCUUCACGCUGCUCUUUUUUUUCCAACCGUCCUCUUUCUCCCGUUUGGCCUUGCUGCCCUGACUUACCCCACUCUCCUCAUCCUCUGUGUCCCACUACUACAAAUACUGCAGCCUGUGGCAAUGGUGAGUGUUGCCCAUGGAUGCUGGAGCUCCUGAGAGGAGGUCUCAGCUCGAUGGGCUCUGUAGCAGAGCUCUGCCAGGGUGCUGUCUUGCACGCUGGGGAGCUCCUGUCAGCUGAUUGUUGCUCCCUAUCUCUGGUAAAGAAAGACUGUGGUGGAAGGAACACCUUGGAGGAGUUGAUUGCCCCAACAGCGUUAGGGUGCUUAAGCGAGGGCAACCUCUGCAGCCAUGCACACCUGGAGCUGGUGAAAAGUAUCAUGGGAUGUGUAAUGGCUACAGGGUCACCAGUAAACCUGAGAGAUGCAUCAGAGGAUCCCAGAUUCGACUUCGAUGACGAUCAAUCAAAGAUUAGGACUGUUUUGAGUGUUCCUAUCAAGGCCCACAGGGGAGAGGUGGUCGGUGUAAUGAUAAUGAUCAACAAGAGAGAUGGCUGCGAUGGAUCAGUUUCUGUUUUUACCAACAUGGAUGAAAAGGUGCUGUCAAAUCAUAUGGAUGUGUUGGGGAUGGUCCUGGAUAAUGUCCAGCUGUAUGAAAGCUCAAGACAGGAGGCCAAACGCAGUCAGGCCUUGAUAGAGAUGGCAAAAGUAUUGUCAAUGGAGCACCGUUCCUUUGAAAUUCUGCUGAGUAAGAUGGCUGCCACCAUCAUGCCCUUCACACGUGCUCAGUACUGCACCAUCUUCAUCCCUAGCCAGCAAACUUCAGUUGUGGAAGACCAGGUUUCCUUCUCCAGAGUGAUCCACCUGGAGUGUGAGGAGCUCGGAUCAACCUGCCAGAUCUACAGAAGGCAUCGUGACAUCAGUGACGUAGACCAAUCUUCUGCCCUUCGAACUCUGGUUGCUAUGAAAACACUAAAUAUGUCAAAGAGUUCUGAGGAAUCAAUAAAGAGUCUGAUCUGCUGCCCCGUCAGAAAUGAGAGGUCUGAAAAUGUUAUCGCGGUCUGUCAACUGAUGAACAAAAAGAGCAGAGACUCAGAUGAGAUGGAAGCCUUUAACAGAUAUGAUGAGCGCCUACUAGAGGACCUGUCGGUGUACUGCGGUCUGGCUCUGCAGUAUGCUCAGGCUGUGCAGAUCACUGAGGAGCGCAGGGCCAGUAUAGAGGUCACACAGGAGGUUCUUGCCUACCACAUCACAGCAGCAGAGUCGGAAAUCCAAGCAUUGCAGGAGGCCACUAUUCCUUCUGUUGAAUCACUGAAUAUUUUAGACUUCCAUUUCUCUGAUUUUGGUCUUCCAGAAGACCUGACCACUCAGGCCACCAUUCGUAUGUUCCUGGACCUCAAUUUGGUGCAGGAUUUUAACAUUGAUUACAAGAGUCUCUGCCAGUGGGUACUGACCGUGAGACGUGGUUACAGGAACAGCGUGCCAUAUCACAACUGGAACCACGCACUGAGCACUGCUCAAAGCAUGUUUGCUAUGCUCAAGGCCACAGACGAACUCCAGACAAUUUUUUCCCGUCUGGAGAUUUUAGCACUGAUGAUAGCUACUCUGAAUCAUGAUCUUGACCACAGAGGAGUCAGUAACUCGUACAUAGAAAGGAGUCAGCAGCCUUUAGCUCAGCUGUAUGGACACUCUUCUCUUGAAAACCACCACUACAACCUGUGCCUCUUCAUCCUAAACAACACUGGGAGUCAGAUUCUCAGCGGUCUCUCUGCAGAAGACCACAGAACUGUACUACACAUGAUCAAAAGGGCAAUCCUUGCAACUGACCUCACUGUCUACAUGGAGAGAAGAACAGAGUUCUUUUCUCUCGCCAAGAAAAGCAGAGUGAACUGGAAGAAUGAGAAACAAAAAGAUUUACUGAGGUCGAUGUUGAUGACAGCCAGUGACCUCUCUGCUAUCACAAAGCCUUGGCCUGAACAAAAAAGGAUUGCCAAGCUAGUUACCAUGGAAUUCUUCGCACAAGGGGACAAAGAGAAAAAAGAGUUCAAAAUCAAGCCCAUUGACAUAAUGAACAGAGAAAAAAGCACUCGACUGCCAUACAUGCAAGUUGAAUACAUUGAUGACAUCUGCUAUCCACUGUACAAGGCUGUAUCUAGACUGUUCAACACCUGCUCCCCACUACUGAAGGGUUGUAAGAAGAACAGAGAAAACUGGAUGCAUCUUACUGAGAAAGCAGAUGAAGAAGAUUGUGAAAAUAGUAGUUGUGUAGCCCUGGAAACACAUAAAAACAAUGAGGAAAAGAUGCAGACAGAGGAAUAGAGGACUGGACAGAGGAUAAAGACACAAGAGGAAUUGUAACCACCUGCACCUGUUUGUUGUCCAUUCUCUCUUGGACACAUCUUGACUAAAUAUUGGCGUAGUGUCCACACAUCAGAACUCUGACUACUAAUGUGUUGGGAUAUACAACAAUCUUUUCUCAUGAUUUAUUUAUUGGGUUUUCAGGUUUACAGUGUUAAAUGUAAUAAAACACCAUACGUUGUCAAUUUACCCAUAGCAAUUAGAUUUCACAUUAAACUAUACAGUACAACUAAUACAAUGGCGCCCACAGGAGACAGUGUACAAUACUCAUAAAAGCAUGCACAAAAUGUAAAUAUGUAUGUACACACACACAAACACACACACACACACACACUAAGGUAGUAUUUAUCAGUGCACACUUACACACCUAUAGAAGGGGUAGGGUCAGAACUAGAUUAUGGUACAAUGAGGUCAAAUGGGGCACAAAAAAAAUUGGGGUAUGUGUCAGAGACCCCAUUGAGGACAAUGGUGGGAAAAUGGACAGGGAUUCACAAGCCUUCUAUUCUUCAGACGAAAGGUGGAGGAUUGAGUUGGAUGCUGUCUGUAUAUUCUACAAAGGGCUGCAAAAUAGUGUAGAACUUAUAGUUAGACAUAUAGUCAGAGCCUCAUAGGGAGUGUUUCUUUUUUUUUCUUCUUUUUUUUACAUAAAGUGCAACACAUCUCCAAUCAAGCAAGAAUGAGUUAAAUGCUGCAGUUGUGUCCCAAACAUAAGGCUAAGAGCAUAUUCUGUCCUAAGGCCAAUGUCAAACUUGUGAGCAGUAUCAUAUAAGUAACCUUGAUCUGUGUUAUUAUUUUUAAAUGGACUGAAGCUACCAAAGCUAUAACAAUGUCCAUACUAUAGCUGCAUUUAUGUGUCAAUACAGAACAUUGUCAUGUAAUACAUUACUGUAUAGUUGCAAACCUUAUCUGUAGAGCAUUUUGGCCCAGUAAACAUCAAAACUAUCCAGGGCUGCACAUUAUGAUUCAGUAUGAUCCCACAUGUACAUUAUAGCAUGUGAUCCUGAAAGGUGUUUUGUAACCUUGACCAGUGUUGUAUAUAAAGCCUUACACAUUUGUAAAUUUACAUCACCACUGAAAAUUAGAUACCUUCUGUGUUUUCUGAGUUUCAUAGCAUAAUACUUUUGAUGUCUGAUAGUUCAUUUUUAACAAACCAUUUUUAAAUUAUAAUUAAUAAAUGUGGUCUUUGUGCCAGAAAA